UCCAGUCCAGUGUGGUCACAAGAAGGUCGAGUCAGCCACAAGAUGAUUGGCCUGAUUGUUGUCACGCUCCUUGGAGCUGCAGCUGCAGCACCUACGGAUGACAGGAUUGUGGGUGGCUACGAGUGUGAAGCCCACUCUCAACCCUGGCAGGUGUCUCUCAAUAUCGGCUACCACUUCUGCGGCGGCUCCCUCAUCAACGACCGGUGGAUCGCCUCUGCUGCACACUGCUGGCAAAAGCCCUUUUCACAGAUUGCCAUCUUGGGUGACAACCACAUCUGGAUGAACGAGGGCACGGAGCAGUACAUGUCAGUGGAUGCCAUCUACUGGCACGAGAGUUACGACUACCAAACCAUGGACCACGACAUCAUGCUGAUGAAGCUGGCGCACCCCGUCACCGUGAACCAGUACGUGAAGCCUGUCGCCCUGCCCAAAGCCUGCCCCGCACCUGGGGACAUGUGCACAGUGUCCGGGUGGGGAAACAUCUACACUGAUCAAGUGUUCAACCCGUUUUACCUUCAGUGUGUGGACGUCCCCAUUCUGUCGAACAAGGACUGCGAUGCUUCCUACCCCGGCAUGAUCACUGACCGCAUGGUGUGCGCUGGAUACCUGGAGGGAGGCAAGGAUGCUUGUCAGGGCGACUCUGGUGGUCCUCUGGUGUGUAAUGGGGAACUGCAGGGUAUUGUCUCCUGGGGCCAGGGCUGUGCUCAACCCAACUACCCGGGUGUUUACACCAAAGUCUGCUCACUGAUGCCCUGGAUCAACGAUAUUCUCUCCAGAUACAUCUAGGCUGUGAUCUCCCAUCACAGAGCUACGAGAGAGAGGGGAAACCAGAGGGAGAUUGAAACUGAAAGAGUCAGGAGGUAGUGUCAAAAAGAAAAGCGGCGGGAGAGAGGCUGAGAGACACAAUGACCGACAGUGUGGGGUGUGUGUGAGGGGGGGGGGGGGACACAAUCAGGACACAAUCAAUAAAAUCUACACUGUUGUGAUGCA